UGAGAAGAUAAAGAAAAACAAAAUAUUAUUAGGUUUGCAUCGUAUUUCAUGUCAAAUAAACAAAAUUUAAGCGAUUACAUUCUCGUUUUCCCCUUUAACGAAACGAAGCGAAGCCAUCACUGCUCUUCAGUAGCCUUUAAGAUUGGUGAUAGAACGUAUGGUCCUAAGAUUUUAAGAUAGACAACAUGGAAACUAGCAGCGAGGAGGAGGACUUCUACACCAGCAGCAGUGAGUCUGUCAGGAGCGAGGCUGUCGAUUCCAUAUUGAUCCCAGGGAAUGCCUCCACCAACGAGGCGUUGCCUUUGGAGGCGGAGAACAUGGAUGUACACAUACUCUUUGAUGAGGUCCCUCUUGAUUUGACGACCCGCAACUCGCGGGCUGCCUCUCUGGCCAACUUGGCUUCUGCUCGGGCUGCCUCUAAUAGUGCUGACGAACAUGCCACCACCCAGCCCCAGUCUGGAGCCAGAAAUACGUCCUCCUACGUCCAAUAUCUGGUGGACAAAUUUUCAAACUACUCUGUAGUUACCAUGAAUUGUGUAGAGUUUGAGAUAAACAAAGUGCUCUUCAGGGCUGAUAUGGGAACGUACGAAAGCGCACCGUAAAAAAGAAGCCAAAGAAAAAUCAGCUUGGGAUACACCAUAUAAUGUAUAAAUAUCCACUUACUUUUAAGACUAAUCCAAUUCGUUCAGUUGUGGAUAAUACACACCAUUUCGAACAAAACAAAUAUUGAUCUCGAACCAAAACCAAUACGUUUUAAACAUAUUAUGUUCAUUCGAUUUCCUAUGAAAUAUUGUACUAUAAAAUUUACUUUUAAUUCUACCCAUGAUAAUAAGAAACAAUUUGAUUGUAAAC